AUGGAUGAGGAGACCUUCGCGGAUAAUCGUUUUCGCUCGAACACGGAAGUGGGUGAGAAUAACUUCGACUUGAACAAUUGGAAUUUCAGAUAUGAGACGAGCGAGUUCAACCAACCAGCGAACAACCUAUUUUAUGACCAUAUCGAUAAUAUUUCCUUGGAGCCUGUGCAGCUCGUAGCUGAACAACCUGUUGGCCAGGGCCAGGAUUUUGAUAUCGCAAAUGUCGACAACAUAUUGUUGGAUCUCCCGCAGCUCAGACAGGAAUCCUACACUCGGGAAGUAGAUUCAUACCAAAUUGCCGUUCCCAAUGGUGACUGUUCUAUCCACCUGCUCGUACAGCGACCACCAGAUUACGACUAUCAAAGCGAUCGUCAGAAACCGGCUGGCACUAUCCUGCGCGCCGUGUUGAUGGAUGGUGGAAACAGCGGAGGACGCGGCGUGAAAACUUGCGCAGAGAUCCUCGCCCGCGCCAUUAAAAUCAUCAGAUCGCACUACAACAAUGCAAACAUGCCUCAAGAAGUUAUCCAGUUUGAUUCUUGGGUCAUCACUCAUUGGGAUGGCGAUCAUUGGGGUGGUGCUCUUUACAUGCUCGAAAACAGCCCCAUCGGCAACAAUGCUCAAACGACAAAGUACUUCAAGUACGAUGAGAAUUCUAAUCCUCUGACAACUCUAUAUUGUCCUAAUUGGACGCAACCAGCUACGUUCCUGACCCAUGCCGGUGUGCCACUCCCCAAGAGUUCGCAUAUCAAGCAGAGACCGAAGAAUCUAUGCAUGAAAAAUGAAGAAAACGCCGAGCUCUCAAACCAAGGAAUUGUUUACCUGAGCAGCAAACCAGGAGGACAUUUUGGUGGAUUUUGUCGCGCCAAAUGGGGUCACCGGAAACUGCUAGGAAUCGAUUACUUUACUGGCGAAAUGUGUUACACGCCGUCGCUGAUCUCUGACAAUGGUGACUCUUCCUUUGAGGUGGCAUUGAACAUGACCCUGAGCUUCUUUUCUCACCUACAGGAACUCACGGCCCGAAUCUAUCGCGAAAGAUAUGAUCAUCCACGCUUCUUCUGCAUAGGGGCAGCAGGUUUCGUUCUGGGUGGUGAUUUGUCAGAAUCGGCGAUUCGUCAGGCGUUUGGACAGGAACGAUCAUCUCCAUCAGAUACCUGGGCUAACUUUUCAUCGCUCAUGUCUGUCCUUCACUUCCCUCAGCAAAAGCAUGUAUCCCUCUACUGGGCCGGGGACGCCGUCAGUACUAUGGAAAUGAACUUUGUGGCGGACCGGACUCACGCAGAAGGCCAUUUCUUUGAUGGUUACCAAUUCAGCGUGGCAAAAUGGUCACAUCACGGAAGUCGACAUAGCAGCCCGCUCGCACUCUGGAAAAAGCUACAACCACAGCGAUAUGUCGUUUCCCCGAACAAGAAUGGCACCUACACUCACCCACAUCCCAAUAUUAUUGAGCAACUCCGCGCGCAUGGCAACGCAUCACGAAGACUUUUUUCCACUUUCUACCCCGGAUGGUUCAAGAAGCCCAAAGCUUAUGUCAAUUUGGCAAUGAGUGACGCAGUCCGGGAAGUGCAGAAACAACGAAUUGAGGCACUUACUGAAGGCGAAGCAAUACAAUUUUUGCCCGCUAUUCUUCAAAGAGUAAACUAUCUUGAGGAAAUUUGGGGGCAAAUAUGUUCUGCCCAGGCGGACGGAAUUGACGGUCCCGCCUACCUCAUCAAUGAUCAUGGGGGAACUGAUCAUCGCGAUUACAUCACGCCCAAGCGUGGAGACACGUAUCAAAAUCUCUUUAUCCACAUUCUGUCUUCGCAUAACCGAGACCGCGAUGGCUUCAUGAAAUACUAUACCGAUGUACGGAAAUUGCAGAAGCAGGAAGAGCAGGAUGAGCAAGUCCUUGAGAACGUCCAUGAGCAGCAAGACGAUAUUAUUUUCAACGUUGAUGACUAUGUCCGCAACUUCGACAUGUUAGAGUUCAACGGCAUGAACUUGGAUGGCAUCACGUCUAAGCUAGACAAGAAUACCCACGUCAACCAAGGGCAGAGGCUUUACCAAACUGCAUUCAAUGGAUACAACCAGCACUAUAAUCCAUUUAUCAAAAUUACAGGCCCAGGUCUCGACUAG